AUGGACUCGGAAGGUGCCCCAGAAUCUCAACAGGAGAGCUUGAUUUCUGGAAUAGGUAACCUGUCCAUAAAGACAGCCGCAGGCCAUUCUGAAGUCACGCAUCAGGCAAAUGGCGUGGCUCAUUCGUUGCCUGACUUAGAGGAGUCGGCUGCUCCCUACAAAGUCAUCUUGCAGACCGGCGACGUGAUCGUUGAAUACUUCGAUCCUGAAUCUGAUAUUGCAACACAAUCGGAGGCGCGCCAUCGUCGGUGGCGAGUCUCCAGCGAUGAUUUGACACAAAAUAGUCCGUAUUUUCGGGCCCUUCUUGACCCGCAUAAAUUCUCCGAGGGUCGUCAACUCAUGCAGCAGAAGAUGAUGCAUCAGAAGCUUCUGACUGACGAAACGGUGAACGCUGCGUCAUCCAACAUCCCGAAUGCAGAAGUGAGGUAUCUGCCCGUUGUGAUUCUCCCGAGCAAACAUGUCGCAUCGAGGCUUGGGUUGGAUGCCAUCAAACUUUUUCUGGAGAUCCUGUCCUUCAACUCCUUUGAAGAGGAACAGCAGUGUUCAUUUGAUGCGGAACUGAAGUUUUCGCCUGUGUCUCUGAUUGCAAGACUACUGGAGCUAGCGGACGCCUUCAACUCUCCGCAUGUCGUCCGGGAAUCUCUCAAGAGAGCCGGUUACGCUUAUGGGAAAGGGAAAUAUCAACCCUCCAAAUUUGAUUCUUCUUUACUGAAGCUGAGUGAGGAUCGCAUCCGGCAAACCAUCUUCGUAGCGCGGAUACUGGACGAGCCAGUCAUAUACAAAGUGAUGACCCAUGCCCUACUGGUUCUUGGCUCGAAAACUUGGGCAAACGGUGUCGAGCCUCCGGUUACUCCUACCCACCCCUGGCGCUUUCUGCCUAACGAGGAGCUCUACUUCCGCCGACAAUGUGUUCUGAACACUAUUACCGACCUCCAAGCCUACUUCCUCCGGGUCUACGGCGCUUUAGAAGACCCCGAGCCCCCCAAACCUUUUGUCCCACGACAACCACUUGCACCAGCGAUCAACCAAGCGCGUCCCUUCCAAUGCCGCUACGGCUUUGGCAACUCCAGUGCCUGCGACGCCUUCCACCUAGGACAGAUGACCCGAUUCUUCUCUCUUCGCACGAAGACCAUCUUUCUCGGCUCGACCUUAAUUGAUCCUGAUUUCACCCUCGACUCAGACACUGACUCUACACCUGAACAACCACCGGCGCCUCCAUCAGAUAUAACAGCCAUCAUAGCUUCCCUCAAACAAUGUCCCGACUACCAAAUAGACCCAAACCACGUCGGCUGCGGCAUUCGCCGCCGCUUCCUCCCCCCACUGGAUUGCAUAGAACGCUUCGUCGGAGACGGACGAGGCCUCCUCGGAAUCGACUUCCACUCAUGGACCGGCCAGGAAUGGCCCUUUGCAACCUCGUCCUCAUGGGCUAACCGUACCCUUCCUCGCGCAAACGUCAUCGAUAUCCGUAUCUCUAAAUUGAGCGCUGUACAUGGAGGAAGCGGUGCUCGACUCUCAUUUACCUCUCAAGAAGAGAACGCCAGGUUACUAUUCACCGCGAAAAAGAGGAACUGGGAGGCUUAG